AUGCAGCGACGGCUCGCAAAGGUCAAGGUAUUAUGUACACUAGCUUUCUAUUUAUUCGUAGGGUACAUUUUCCUCCUUACAACCAAGCACCUCCAAGACCCAUUCAUUGAUGAAAUAUUCCAUCUUCGACAAUGCCAAGUAUAUUGUGCAUAUAAUUUCAGCAUUUGGGACAACAAAAUCACCACGCCCCCAGGACUAUACAUCUUGGGUCUAAUCUACACAAAGCUUUUGGAAUUUAUCACCAUGACGCAUGGCUUGUGCCAAAAUGACAAUGUUUUGCGUUCCUUAAACUUAUCUGGUGGCUUACUUGCAUUGCCCUUUAUAGCAAAGAAAAUUAAGCAGUCGAAUGUGAAUCGAUUUUGGACGGUUAAUAUAAUUGCACAGCCAUUAUUGUUCACUUAUUACUCUUUGUUCUAUACUGAUGUUUGGUCGACUGUUUUAGUUUUGGGAUCAUUGGCUUUUGUCACAACUCGUUCAAAACAGCAUCCAAUAUGGAGUGCUCAGUUGGGGUUUGCGAGCCUUUGGUUAAGGCAAACAAAUAUUGUUUGGCUUGCGUUUAUUGCCACAGUCUAUAUUGAUCGACAAAUUGUCCGUGAUAGUGGAGUAUGCAAUCGAAUCAUACAAUUUGUCAAGACGACUUUUAAAAGUCACUUGCAGUUGCUUGGCUAUAUUGUCAACUUUGCAUUGUUUGCUUUAUUUAUUAAAUACAAUGGAGGCAUUACAUUUGGAGAUAAGGAUAACCACAAAGUACAGCUUCAUCUUGUACAGAUAUUUUAUUGCUUCACAUUUGUAAACUUUUUUACAUGGCCCAUUUGGUUGAGUAAGAAAACUUUGAGUUUGUAUAUUAAGUUUCUUGUUGGUAAUUAUGGUAUUAAUCUCGUUUUUAAUAUGUUAGCAUCGUGGGCGAUUUUCUACAUCAUCAAUAAUUUUACUAUUGUGCACCCCUUCUUGCUCGCUGAUAAUAGGCAUUAUACAUUUUACAUCUUUAGGAGAUUGUUGAACACCAAGUACAGUACCUACUUGGCAGUACCAGUGUACCAUUUUGUUACUUACAAUUGCGUUGCAACGAUAUACAGAGCAGGACAUCAAUUUGGUUUAUCGCCAAUACUGAUUUUGGGUUUUAUCACAGCUACGAUCUUGACCAUUACACCUUCGCCAUUAUUCGAGCCAAGAUAUUACAUUGUCCCGUUGCUCAUCUUUAGAUUGUUCAUUGCUCCUAGCACUGGAUAUGCCAAUUUAUUGGAAUUCAUUUGGUUGAACAUCAUCAAUGCAAUUACGAGUCUUGUGUUUUUCAAUUACACAUUUACGUGGUGGAGUGAGCCUGGAAAGAUACAGAGAAUUAUUUGGUAA